AUGAUGACGGGGAGGCUCGGGUUCGCAACGGGGCUGGCCACAUCGAGCCCACUGGAACUGAUUAUUGGGGCUGUCAUGGUGAGCUUUGCCAUUCAAUACUCAUUGUUCGCUCUUCUUACAGUGCUCGCAUUGCUCGCAUUCUUAGCUUUUACGGUCGCCACUGGCGGCCAAAGAGCCAAGUGGGCCGGCUAG